CUAUGAAGUCCAAGGGCAAGAACGUGCAGAAGGAAGAGAUAAAGGGGCCAGAGGUGUGCACGGACCCCACCAUGCUCGCCACCCAUGCCAUGGGCGUCAAUUACUUCAAGGACGGCCCGGAGGUGGCCCUGAAGCCCGACUCUGAGUACCCCGACUGGCUGUUUAAGAUUCAUCUCGGGCCACCAAAGAAGCUGGAGGAGAUGGAUCCCGACUCAAUUCAGUAUUGGAGACGCCUGCGAAAGUACAACACAUGGCACCGUAACCGGCUCAAGAAGGGCAAGAAGUUUUAG